AUGCCGAUCCGCUUCGCCCCGCUGCGCCUCCCGCUGCGGCGCCGGCUGCAGACCGCCGCGGUCCUGCAGUGGGUCUUCUCCUUCCUGGCGCUGGCCCAGUGCUGCCUGGCCCUGUUCCUGCUGGCGCUGCUGGGGGAUCUCUGGCUGCCGGCCCUGCUCUACGCCGCCUGGCUCUACCUGGACCGGGAGACCCCGGCCCGCGGGGGGCGCCGCUCGCCCUGGGUCCGCAACUGGCCUGUCUGGCGGCACUUCCGGGACUAUUUCCCCAUCACGCUGGUGAAGACGGCGCCCCUGGACCCCUCCCGCAAUUACCUCUUCGGGUUCCACCCCCACGGGGUGCUGGUGGCCGGCGCCUUCGGGAACUUCUGCACCGAGGCCACAGGGUUCGGGGAGCUGUUCCCAGGGCUCACCCCACACCUGCUCAUGCUACCCUUCUGGUUCCGCCUGCCCCUCUUCCGCGACUACAUCAUGAGUGGGGGUCUGGUCUCCUCGGACAAGGCCAGUGUCUCCUACCUGCUGGGCCAGGAGGGUGGGGGGCAGGUGGCUGUGAUCGCAGUGGGGGGCCCCCCUGAGUCGCUGGAGGCCCGGCCCGGGGCACUGACCCUCCAGAUCCUCAGCCGCAAGGGGUUCAUCAAGGCAGCCCUGCAGCACGGGUCAGUGACGCCCGCCCUGGUGCCGGUGUUCUCCUUCGGGGAGAACGAGCUGUUUCACCAGGUGCCGAACCCCCGGGGGUCGCUGGUGCGGGCCGUGCAGGAGCGGCUGCAGAAGCUCAUGGGGCUGGCGCUGCCCCUGUUCCAUGCCCGCGGGGUCUUCCAGUACAGCUUCGGCCUGCUGCCCUUCCGCAGCCCCAUCCACACCGUGGUGGGGGCGCCCAUCCUGGUGCCCCAGACGCCCUGCCCAUCCCGCGAGGCCAUCGACUGGCUCCACGCCACCUACCUGGAGCAGCUCAUCGCGCUCUUCGAGGAGAACAAGACCAAGUAUGGGGUCCCCCCAGAGAAGCACCUCAACCUUAUCUAG